UUUAUGGCAGCAAUAGAAAUCCACUACCGGGGGAAGACACGCCCCCUUUUAGCUGAGAACCUAUAAAUGUCAAGGCAUUUCAUUCAAAUUGAGAACCCAGCAAAAUGGGGACCUCCGCAGUCAUCCUUGAAAUAUGUCUUUUAUUGAGUCAAGUUCUAACCACAGUAUCUUCAACAACGCAAACAGAAUCGACCACUGAAGACCGAACACAAAUCACAGAAACUGCUUUCUGGGAGACGCAGACAAUCAACUCUGUUUCUGAAUCAGAUCUUCCUGGAACACAUGCUUCUUCGUUUCACACGGAGGAACCCUUAACCACAAUCGCAGCAGAAGGGACCGAAUGGGAUUUGGCCCUGAGGCUGGUGAAUGGAGGUGACAGGUGUCAGGGCCGAGUGGAGGUCCUGUACCAAGGCUCCUGGGGCACCGUGUGUGAUGACAGCUGGGACACCAACGAUGCCAACGUGGUCUGCAGGCAGCUGGGCUGUGGCUGGGCCGUAUCGGCCCCAGGAAGUGCCCGGUUUGGUCAGGGCUCAGGGCCGAUUCUCCUGGAUGACCUGCGCUGCUCAGGGCAUGAGACCUACUUGUGGAGCUGCCCCCACAGUGGCUGGAAAACGCACAACUGUGGACACCAGGAGGACGCUGGUGUCAUCUGCUCAGGUGCCCAGCGCUCAUCCACGGUCAUUCCAGCUUGGUGGCACCCAACAACUACAACCACAGCAACUUCUUCGUUUCACACGGAGGAACCCUUAACCACAAUCGCAGCAGAAGGGACCGAAUGGGAUUUGGCCCUGAGGCUGGUGAAUGGAGGUGACAGGUGUCAGGGCCGAGUGGAAAUCCUGUACCAAGGCUCCUGGGGCACCGUGUGUGAUGACAGCUGGGACACCAACGAUGCCAACGUGGUCUGCAGGCAGCUGGGCUGUGGCUGGGCCGUAUCGGCCCCAGGAAGUGCCCGGUUUGGUCAGGGCUUAGGGCCGAUUCUCCUGGAUGACCUGCGCUGCUCAGGGCAUGAGACCUACUUGUGGAGCUGCCCCCACAGUGGCUGGAAAACACACAACUGUGGACACCAGGAGGACGCUGGUGUCAUCUGCUCAGGUGCCCAGCGCUCGUCCACGGUCAUUCCAGAUUGGUGGUACACAACGACUCGUUCCCAAACUGCACACAUCAGAUCUACUAUCCCAGCUUGGUGGCACCCAACAACUACAACCGCAGCAAGGACCGAAUGGGAUUUGGCCCUGAGGCUGGUGAAUGGAGGUGACAGGUGUCAGGGCCGAGUGGAGGUCCUGUACCAAGGCUCCUGGGGCACCGUGUGUGAUGACAGCUGGGACACCAACGAUGCCAACGUGGUCUGCAGGCAGCUGGGCUGUGGCUGGGCCGUAUCGGCCCCAGGAAGUGCCCGGUUUGGUCAGGGCUCAGGGCCGAUUCUCCUGGAUGACCUGCGAUGCUCAGGGCAUGAGACCUACUUGUGGAGCUGCCCCCACAGUGGCUGGAACACGCACAACUGUGGGCAUCAUGAAGACGCUGGUGUCAUCUGCUCAGAUGCCCAGCGCUCGUCCACGGUCAUUCCAGAUUGGUGGUACACAACGACUCCUUCCCAAACUGCACACAUCAGAUCUACUAUCCCAGCUUGGUGGCACCCAACAACUACAACCGCAGCAAGGACCGAAUGGGAUUUGGCCCUGAGGCUGGUGAAUGGAGGUGACAGGUGUCAGGGCCGAGUGGAGGUCCUGUACCAAGGCUCCUGGGGCACCGUGUGUGAUGACAGCUGGGACACCAACGAUGCCAACGUGGUCUGCAGGCAGCUGGGCUGUGGCUGGGCCGUAUCGGCCCCAGGAAGUGCCCGGUUUGGUCAGGGCUCAGGGCCGAUUCUCCUGGAUGACCUGCGAUGCUCAGGGCAUGAGACCUACUUGUGGAGCUGCCCCCACAGUGGCUGGAACACGCACAACUGUGGGCAUCAUGAAGACGCUGGUGUCAUCUGCUCAGAUGCCCAGCGCUCGUCCACGGUCAUUCCAGAUUGGUGGUACACAACGACUCCUUCCCAAACUUGGUGGCACCCAACAACUACAACCGCAGCAAGUCCCUCUUCACCUUGUGGUGGCUUCUUGACCAGUGCCAGUGGGACAUUUUCCAGUCCAUCCUACCCUGGAUUGUACCCCAACAAUGCCAACUGUGUCUGGGAAAUAGAGGUGAACUCCGGCUAUCGCAUAAACCUGGGCUUCAACAAUCUACAGUUGGAGGUGCACAUUAAUUGCAUUUAUGAUUACAUUGAAAUCUUUGAUGAAUCACCGGGUAGCAAUACUUCGCUGGGGAAAAUUUGUAAUCACACCAGCCAGAUAUUCACAUCUUCUUACAACCGAAUGACAGUUCGAUUUCGGAGUGAUGGCAGUGUCCAAAAACCUGGCUUUUCUGCUUGGUAUAACUCUUUUCCAAGAGACGCCAGCUUGAGAUUGGUCAACUCGAACUCCUCCUACCCCUCAUGUGCUGGGCGUGUGGAAAUUUACCAAGGUGGCCGAUGGGGAACUGUUUGUGAUGAUGGCUGGGACAUCCAGGAUGCCCAAGUGGUCUGCAGACAGCUGGGGUGUGGAAAUGCAGUGUCGGCCCCAGGAAACGCUUAUUUCGGCCCCGGCUCUGGCCCCAUCACCUUGGAUGACGUGGCGUGCUCGGGGACGGAAUCCACUCUCUGGCAGUGCCGGAACCGAGGCUGGUUCUCCCAUAACUGUGGCCACAGUGAAGAUGCUGGAGUCAUUUGCUCAGUUCCUGAUUUCACCACCACCCCUCCCGCCACAAAUUAUUCCUGCGGAGGCUUCCUGUCCCAGGCGGCGGGGGGCUUUAACAGCCCCUUCUACCCUGGGAACUACCCGAACAACGCCAACUGUGUGUGGGACAUCGAAGUUCAGAACAACUAUCGGGUGACCGUGGUCUUCAGAGACGUCCAGCUUGGCGGCUGUAACUUCGAUUACAUUGAGGUGUUUGACGGCCCCUACCGCAGCUCCCCGCUGCUUGCCCGGGUCUGCAAUGGGGCAAGUGGCUCCUUCUCCUCGUCCAACUUCAUGUCCAUUCGCUUCAUCAGCGACGUCAGUGUCACAAGGGCAGGGUUCCGGGCUAACUACUACUCCAGUCCUUCUGGGAGCACCCGGCUGCAUUGCCUGCAGAAUCACAUGCAAGCCAGCGUCAGCACGAGCUACCUCCAAUCCCUGGGCUACUCCGCCAGGGACCUUGUCAUUCCCGGCUGGGAGUGGAGCUACCAGUGUCAGCCCCAGAUUACGUCUACCCAGGUGACAUUCACGAUUCCCUACUCCAGCUGUGGCACCAUCCAGCGGGUGGACAAUGACACCAUCACCUAUUCCAACUCCCUCAGAGCGGCUGUCUCAAGUGGCAUCAUCAAGAGGAAGAAGGACCUCCACAUGUACGUCAGCUGCAGAAUGCUCCAGAACACCUGGGUUAACACCGUGUACAUUGCUAACGACACCCUCGAGGUCCAGAACGUGCAGUAUGGCAACUUCGACGUCAACAUUUCCUUUUUUACCUCCUCUUCGUUCUUAUAUCCCGUGAGGAGCAGCCCAUACUACGUGGACCUGAACCAGAAUCUGUACCUUCAGGCUGAGAUCCUCCAUGCCAACGCCUCCCUGGCCUUAUUUGUGGACACCUGUGUGGCAUCACCAUAUCCCAAUGACUUUACAACUUUGACUUACGACCUCAUCCGGAGCGGGUGUGUGAAGGACGAAACCUACCAGUCCUACUCUCAGCCGUCGCCCCGCAUCGUCCGCUUCAAGUUCAGUUCCUUCCACUUCCUGAGCCGCUUCCCCUCCGUGUACCUGCAGUGUAAGAUGGUCGUGUGCAGGGCGUUCGACUCCUCCUCCCGCUGCCGCAGAGGCUGCGUGGUGAGGUCCAAGAGGGACGUGGGCUCCUACCAGGAGAAGGUGGAUGUCGUCCUGGGACCCAUCCAGCUGCAGACCCUGCACGCUGAGAAGAGGAGCCUGGACCAGCCAGCGGUUGACCUGGAGGAGAAGGCCAGCACCCAGGGGAGCUACGACGGUGCUGCUAUCUCUGCUGGGAUCUUUCUCGUCGUGGUCUUGGCCGUGGCAGCCUUCACCCUGGGGAGGCGCGGCCGUGCUGCCGACGGCCAGCCUCUGAUCUCUAAGACAUGAUGCAGGGAAGGGCGCACGGUGCUCAGAGGUCCCCGAGCUCCGGAGCCCCCGGAGGAAGGAAGAAACCAGGGUCCAGAGCUGGGCACCCAGAGCACCCCACUCGCUUCCUCUGGCCCAGGUGCAUGGUGGGGGGUGGGUGAGAAGGACGGGAGUAGGUUUUCCCAGAAACACCGCCUUGGUGCUGGGACAAAACGCCAGGCCAGCAGGUACCAGAACCUGAAAUCCUGCCUGCAGCCAUGAGCCACACUAGAGGCAGCAGCACUUUUCUGGAUAGAACUUACUUUCUGAUCUUUUAUGGGCUUCCGGGGCCUGUCGUGUAUAUCUUAGCCUUUGCUUAUUACAGGACCAGCUGAAUAAAGAACUUUUUUGAAAGCA